AUGGCUGACACCUUGGCUCUACCUGUUGAACGACCAGCUAAAAUGAGUCCUGAAAAAUCUGAUUUAGAGAGCUCUGAGGAUGAAAGGAAGAAAAGGAUUGGAUCUCUUAAGAAAAUGGCAGUUAGUGCCUCGAGCAGGUUCAGGAAUUCUCUUAAAAAGAGAACCAGGAAACACAGUAGAGUUAUGUCCGCCGGAAGUAUAGACGACAACCUCGAUGUUGAGGAACUACAGGCAGUCGACUCGUUCCGUCAGGCACUUAUAUUAGACGAGCUAUUGCCUUCUAAGCAUGAUGAUCACCAUAUGAUGCUAAGGUUUCUGAGGGCGAGGAAAUUCGAUCUCGAUAAAGCGAAGCAAAUGUGGGCUGAUAUGAUCCAAUGGAGGAAGGAUUUUGGGGCUGACACAAUCAUGGAGGACUUUGAUUUCAAGGAAUACAAUGAAGUGAUCAAGUAUUAUCCACAAGGAUAUCAUGGAGUUGAUAAAGAUGGACGACCUGUUUAUAUCGAAAGGCUCGGUCAGGUUGAUGCUAACAAGCUGACUCAAGUCACGACGAUCGACCGAUAUCUGAAGUACCACGUAAAGGAGUUCGAGAAGACCUUUGCUGUUAAGUUCCCUGCAGCAUCCAUUGCUGCAAAAAAGCAAAUUAAUCAAAGCACAACCAUAUUGGAUGUUGAAGGAGUGGGUCUUAAAAGCUUCAACAAGGCUGCAAGGGAGCUCCUACAUCGCCUUCAAAAGAUCGACGGCGACAACUAUCCCGAGACUCUGAACCGAAUGUUUAUCAUCAAUGCUGGCUCUGGGUUUAGGCUCCUAUGGAGCACGGUUAAAUCGUUCCUCGACCCGAAGACCACCUCGAAAAUCCAUGUUUUGGGUAACAAAUACCAGAGCAAAUUGCUGGAAGUGAUUGAUGCUAACGAGCUGCCGGAGUUUUUGGGUGGUAGCUGUACCUGUGCAGACAAAGGAGGCUGCAUGGUCUCAGACAAGGGUCCAUGGAACGAUCCUGAAAUACUAAAGAGAGUACAAAAUGGUGAGUUCAAGCGCAAAAUGAGAAAUAAAUCAAGCACCGAGGACAAAGAGUGCCUAGAGAUGAAUCGUUCCAUUGAUGCCGAAACGGCUAUAGGCACUGCUGAAUGGCAUGCAGAGAAUACACCACUGUCUCCUGUAAUUGAAUCUCCCAACAAGAAGUGUCAGGAUUCCUUUGCCUACGACAAAUGUGUUCCGGUUGUCGACAAGGGGAUCGAUUCUUUUUGGUCUAACUCAGUGGAAGAUGAACAUUUUUCCAUUUCCAAAGAUUGUUACCAAGUGAAGGAUGAAGGGAAAAGAAUGAGCACCAACGUUUUCGGAGGAUUAAUGAGCUUCGUUAUAAGUAUGGUGGCCAUUAUUCGCUUGUCUCGCAACGUGCCGAGGAAGCUAACGGAAGCUGCCUUGUACAAUGGUCAAGUUCACCAAUCAAAGCCGAUGAUCACGGGGUAUACGACCGAUCAGUCGCAACAGCCGCCUAUCAAGAGCAAUGACUACGUUGCCAUGGAGAAACGCAUGGCUAAACUGGAAGAGGCGAUGAGUUUUCUCAUACAGAAACCAGCAACCAUGCCGCCGGAGAAAGAGGAGAUGCUGAAUGAUGCAUUAAGCCGGGUCUGCACCUUGGAAGUGGAGCUAUCUGCAGCCAAGAAGGCACUUCAGGAAGCCCUUGUUAAACAGGAGGAACUUCGAACAUACAUUGACAAGAAAAAGAAGAAGUUUAACCCAUUCCGUUGGUAAGCUGAACCUUGAUGUUGGGAGGCAAAUGACAAUGGCGAUAUUCACCCCCGACAAAUGAAAUCCUUUUGAAUAUUGUUUUGGUUUGCACAAUAAUCUUUGGGUAUAUUUUUCUCUAGUU